GACCACGCCUACUUCGUGUGCUUAACAUUCUUCGCUACAUAAUUUGCCAGGGGAUUAUAGUGUGGACGUUUAUUUUCGUCGAUUACCGCAUCCUCUCUGCAUUAAUUAGCUCAGACACUCUCACAGCUCGUCUUCAUAGUGUUAAAAUUUGACUGAUCUGACGACAAAAUCCAGCAUCGAAAUGAACAAAAAAUCUGCAAGCGAUGCCAACCAAUUUAACAUUUUACCAUUGCGGUCGCUGGACGACUUCAUUCUUGGCUCUGCCCGGUUUCAGGUGCCAGACUUCAAAGAUCUGGACAAGUGGGCACGCCGCAUGCAGAGCAAUCUUCUCUACUACCAAACCAACUACUUUGCCGUCUUCAGCGUCAUCUUCCUUCUGCUCUGCUACAUUGACCCUUUGAGGGUGCUGAUGGGCUCCACCCUCAUCGUGGUCACUUUGCUUAGUGCAGCUCGUCUGGCCACGGAGGCGUCGGCACCAGGCGUCGGCAUUACCGUCUUUUUGGCGGGCCUCUGCCUUUAUUAUUAUUCAUCGCUGGCGUACGCUCUCCUCUCUCUGCUUGUUCCCUUGCAAGUAAUUUUUGUUCACGCCUCUCUCCGAUUGCGGAAUAUUAAAAACAAGUUGACGAACGUUGUGCUGCCUCUCGAUAACACACCAAUGGCCUUUAUUAUUCAGCGUUUCGGCUUGCAAGUGGAAUAAGCUACUGCAUCUAGACUUAAUUUAUUCUUCCCGUUGAUACUCCUAAUUGAAGCAACUUAAACCAGAAAGAAGUGGAAGGCCCGUUGUUGUCUCUCUAAAAAAAAAUAGCAAAAGCGUGCGUUUUUUCUGCUAAUUUUGGAUAAUUUUAUCAUUUUGUGGCUUAAGAGUCAACUCCAACAAGUGGUAUAUUUGCCAAAUACUUAAAGUGCAUUGUAAGAAAAGCAUAUAUUCAAAUUACCUUCCACUUUUUAUGUACAUUUCCUGCUACUUUGAAGUGAUUUUUUUUAAUAAAAUAAAAUAAUAUUAACUUUUGCAUUGUCCAUUAUGUUUCAUGAAGUUAAUUCGGAAUUAUUUUAAUGUUUUGUUUUAAUUUUUGAAUCAAUAACUUUAGCUAAAGUUCCAUGUAAUUAGACCUGAAAAAUAUGUGAUUUUUUAUACAGAUUGUUUAUCCUAACACAUAUUUACUAACUUCUUUAAUUUAAAUCAGUAUUCAAGGCGACCUAUGACUUAAAUUACAAAUACUCAUUGCAAUAAAACUUCAAAAAAUAAUGCAACUAUGCUAAAUAAUAAUCUGAUUCUAUUUUUUUAAAUUGCUGCGCUUUUAGUUUCAGAAAUUUGUUUAUUGGGUUCAAAAACUUUUUACUGUAAUCAAAGGUAAAUCAAAUUUGCAAUAAAUUGAGUUAGAACCUUGAACGGAAAUUGUGUAAA